AUGAUGUCUUUCAGUGUAAGAGCACUCGCCGUGCUGGCUAGCCAGGCCAUGCUGGCCAGAGCAGACACGACAACCACCAUCAGCUCCAGCACCAACUGGGGCACCUGGGAGGGUUGGGGCACCUCUCUGGCCUGGUGGGCAGGUGCUUUUGGCACGCGCGAUGACCUGGCCAACAUCUUCUUCACGACAAACUCGGUGACGUACAACGGCGCGAGCGUGCCGGGACUAGGCCUCAACAUUGUGCGGUACAAUGCCGGGGCGUGCAGCUCCAACAGCAUCGACGGCGAGUCCAUGGUCGUCUCGUCCAACAUGAUUCCCUCGCGGCAGAUGGACGGCUACUGGACUGACUGGGACAGCACCGACCCGUCGACCUCGAGCUGGGACUGGUCCGUCGACGCCAACCAGCGGACCAUGAUGCAAAAAGCCGCGUCCCGAGGUGCCGAUGUCUUCGAGCUCUUUUCCAACAGUCCCAUGUGGUGGAUGUGUAUCAACCAUAACCCGGCUGGCGCGGACAAUGGUGCCAACGACAACCUGCAGAGUUGGAACUAUGAUCAGCAUGCCAUCUACCUCGCCAAUGUUGCGCAGUAUGCUGCAAAGAACUGGGGCAUCACCUUUGACUCGGUCGAUCCCUUCAAUGAGCCAAGCGCCAGUUGGUGGUCGUCGACCGGAACACAAGAAGGCUGCCAUUUCAGUAUCAGCACCCAGGCGUCAGUCCUAGGAUACCUCCGGACCGAGCUCAACUCGCGCGGCCUGUCUUCGACCAUCAUAUCAGCAUCGGACGAGAACUCGUACGACGUGGCCGUGUCCACCUGGAACUCGCUCGUCAGCGCCGGCGCCUCGGGCAACGUCGGCCGGAUCAAUGUACACGGAUACCAGCAGGCGUCUGGACGACGUGAUACCCUAUACUCCCUGGCCCAGUCCGCCGGCAAGAAGCUCUGGAACAGCGAAUACGGCGAGAGCGACGCAACCGGCUCGUCGCUGGCGAGCAACUUGAUCCUGGACUUUCGCUGGCUUCAUCCCACGGCAUGGGUCUACUGGCAAAUGAUUGACGGCGGCGGCUGGGGCUUGAUCGACGGGGACAAUGACGCAGCCACCCUGGGCGCCGUGUCCCAGAAGUACUACGUCCUGGCCCAGUUCACCCGCCACAUUCGGGCCGGCAUGCGCAUCCUCGACGGCGGGAGCGACAAUACCGUCGCCGCCUACGACGCCACCAACAAGAAGCUCAUCAUUGUCGCCGUCAAUUGGGGGUCGGCCCAGUACCUCAACUUUGAGCUGUCGAGUUUUAGCACGCCGGGGACCAGCGGCGCCCUCGUCAAGCGCUGGAGCACCAUGAUUGGGAGCAGCGGCGACAAGUACGUUGCUGCUAGCGACACGUAUAUGAACGGCACCAAGUUCUGGUCGUACUUUGCCACGAAUCAGAUUCAAACAUUCGAGGUCAGCAACGUGGUUCUGUAA